AGAGCACGUUGCACUGCCCACUUCUGCUUGCUGCUUGAUUGCCCCUUCAGCUUAAUUGCACUCGUCCCAAUAGCUUGCACAUACACAAUUACGCGUAGCGGUUUGCAUUGCCUGCCCCUUCGGCCGGCGACGCCGGACGACGAUGGGUGGCGUAGCUAAGGUGCCUCCAGCGCUUUGGUUACUGCUGGGCGUGGUGGCGGUGGCCUUUGGGGUUGCAGCUACCCCGGCGCAGGCCUCCGGGACCAACCACUACGACUUCUUUAUAAAGGAGACGAACGUCACCCGGCUGUGCCACGAGAAGGCCGUCCUCGCCGUGAACGGGCAGUUCCCAGGCCCGACCAUCUACGCCCGCAGGGGCGACGUCGUCGUCGUCAACGUCCACAACCAGGGCCACAAGAACAUCACCCUCCACUGGCACGGCGUGGACCAGCCCCGGAACCCCUGGUUCGAUGGGCCCGAGUACAUCACGCAGUGCCCCAUCCGCCCCGGCGCCAACUUCACCUACACCAUCAUCCUCUCCGACGAGGAGGGGACGCUCUGGUGGCACGCCCACAGCGACUUCGACCGCGCCACCGUCCACGGUGCCAUUGUUGUUCACCCCAAGCUCGGCUCCACCUACCCCUACCCCAAGCCCCACAAGGAGAUACCCAUCAUCCUCGGCGAGUGGUGGAAUGUGGACGUGGAGCAGUUGCUGGAGGAGGCGAAGCGGACCGGCGGCGACGUCAACGUCUCGGACGCCAACACCAUCAACGGCCAGCCCGGCGACAUGUUCCCGUGCUCCAGGAACGGCACCUUCAGGGCGGUCGUGGAGCACGGCAAGACGUACCUGCUCCGGAUCAUCAACGCGGGGCUCACCAACGACAUGUUCUUCGCUGUCGCCGGCCACCGCCUCACGGUCGUCGGCACUGACGGCCGCUACCUCAAGCCGUUCGCCGCCGACCACGUCAUGAUCGCGUCGGGCCAGACCGUGGACGCGCUCCUCCACGCCGGCCGCGCCCCGAACGGCGGCGGCCGCUACUACAUGGCUGCGAGGACGUUCCAGACCAACCUGCAGCUCAGCAUCAACAACAGCACCGCCACGGCCGUCCUGGAGUACACGGACGCCGCAGGGCCGCCGGAGCUCCCCGUCCUGCCGGCCGUCCGCGACAUCGGCGCGGCGACGGCGUACACGGCGCGGCUCCGGUCCCUGGCCUCCGAGGCCCACCCCGCCGACGUGCCAGCGCGCGUCGACGAGCGCAUGCUCGUGACCGUCUCCGUCAACGUGCUCCCCUGCGGCGGCGGGGCCAAUAGCAACGAGACGUGCGAUGGCCCCAUCAACGGCACCCGGUUAUCGGCGAGCCUGAACAACGUCAGCUUCGUGAGCCCGGCCGUCGACGUUCUCGACGCCUACUACUCCUCCAUCGCCGGCGUGUACGAGCCGGACUUCCCCGACAGGCCGCCGGUGGCCUUCAACUUCACGGAUUCCGAGCCGGCGCAGGAGCUCUGGUUCACGAGGCGGGGCACCAAGGUGAAGGUGGUGGAGUACGGCGCCGUCGUGGAGGUGGUGUUCCAGGGCACGGGCAUCCUCGGCGCCGAGCCGCACCCCAUACACCUGCACGGCUACGCCUUCUACGUGGUGGGCAGAGGGUUCGGCAACUUCGACGAGAGCAAGGACCCAGCCGCGUACAACCUGGUGGACCCGCCGUACCAGAACACCGUCUCCGUGCCCGCUGGCGGGUGGGCUGCAAUCCGCUUCCGGGCUGCAAACCCUGGGGUGUGGUUUAUGCAUUGCCACUUCGAUCGUCACACGGUGUGGGGCAUGGACACUGUCUUCAUCGUGAAAAAUGGCAAGACUCCGGACGCUCAGAUGUUGCCGCGUCCUCCUAGCAUGCCCAAGUGCUAAGGAAUCAAGGACGCAUGGGCCAUACGACCGCCGAUGAACGAGCAAAAUAACUUAAACUUUGUUGAUUGAUUUAUUUAGUUAUUUGUGGUACAAAUUUUAAGUAGAGUUGUUCUUCAAAUCAGAUGUACUGUCGAAAAAAAAUGGGCUCAGUUGAGAUCCGUGUAGUAUAAGUGUAACUAGUGUCGUUUGUGCCUUGUAUUUCGGUUGAUUGGAAGAGAAAGGAAUGCAUUCGUUGUUCUGAUUAA